CACUUUGACAUUCACGCUUGCGAUAAACAGCAGAAGAUUCUACAAUUUGUGCAGCCUGUGGUUUCCUUUUGCAAUUAGUUUUAUUACUGACAAUGAGUUCAGGAUAUCAAGGUUACUAUGACAGCUUCCAGUACAACCAGAACUAUGACUACAACCAGCAGGGCUACACACAGGGGACUCAGUACCAAGAACAGUGUAACAACAACCAGUAUGGACAAUCAUAUGACCAAAACAGUCAGUACCAAAGUUAUGGACAGAACAGUGAUUUCAACUCAAGUACUCAGUACACACCGGGAUAUAAUCAAAAUAACAACCAGUUCACUGGUCAAUAUAGUGCUCAAAAUGCUAAUGAUAACCAAUAUGGACAGAGCUCAACUACAGGCAGUAGCUAUGGGCAGUAUGUGAGUAAUGGGACUGAGUCUUCAGGUUCUGCAUAUAGUCCCAGUUUCACACAGAACAGCUUCCCUGCAGAUAACUCAGCAAGGUACUCACAGACUGCUGGGAGUUACAGCUCAUAUUCACCAGCCACCAAGGACUUUAACCAGAAUAGUGUUAGCAGCUAUGGACAGAGUAGUACUACAAACCCUGGGUUCAGUCAGGGACAGAAGUCUGCUGGAUAUAAUGGCAACGCUGCAUAUGGACAGACAAGUAGCUAUCAAAAUUCAGGCAGUUAUCAGACAUCUGUUGCUUCUAAUUCUGUUUCUGGCUCUGCCUAUAGUCAGAAUUCUGGCAUAAGUAAUAAUUAUGGACAGAACGGGGGUCAAUAUGGGAACCAGUUUGGACAGAACCAGUUCAACCAGAGGAAACAAAAUGGCCCACCGAGUAGCACGGGGAGAUUACUCCAGUUACAAGUUUGACACACAGCCCCCUCCUCCUCCGCCUCCAUCCCAUGUGCAACAUACACAAAGAACAGGGAAUUACGGGAGCAAUAACACACCUUCCCGUUUCCCUGACACUACAGGUAGGGGUCAGUCAUAUGACAGAACUGUGCGAGGGAGAUCCAGUAUGGACCAGUAUUCAACACGUGGUCAGGGUCCAACACGAGGAGGAAGAGGGGGAUCAGGAUUCAGUGCCUCGUUUUCGCAAGGUCAAGGUCAGUCUGAACCGCCCAGAGUAUUCGGUGGUCGUGGGAAUAGAGGAGGGAGAUUGGUGAACCAGGUGUGUGUGAGCAGCCAUGGAGGAUAUUCCCAUUCUCAGACCCGGGAGAAGAAUAUUCAACAGAACUCUGAGGAAGUUAUGGCAAAGUAUUCUGAUUUGAAGCCCAAAUCAAUCCUGCCAGUGGGAAAGGAAAAUGUUCCUAAGUUUGUGAAAGAAGAACAGCAACCUGUUGUGUCAGGUGAUGAUAUGGGGCCGGCUGAGGUUGAGGUUGCUGGAAAGACAGUGUCAGACCUACUGGGUACUACUGCAUCAACGUAUGUGAUUCCAACAUCGGCAGUGACAGGUGUCGGAGAUCAGAUUCUGAAUCCAGAGGUGGAGGCCAAAUUACGGGAUCUCAUGCAGCCUCUUUAUUGCAGACUGUGCAGCGUCAACCUGAAUGCCACGUCUCAGGCCCAGCAGCAUUACGAGGGAAAGAACCAUGCCAAGAAGCUGCGAAUGUUUCUCGCAUCCUCCUCAACGUCAGCAACAACGUCCGAUACGUCAGCAGGGGGCACAGCGACUGGAACGUCAGACAGUCCUGCUGGUGGCAAGGAUAAGGAGAAAGAGAAGAGUGAAAGUACGCCCCUGGAUGAGGAAGUGUAUUGCAAGAUCUGUGACGUGUCCUUCACCUCCGUGAAGCAGUCAACCCAGCAUUAUCAAGGCAAGAAUCAUGCCAAGAAAGUGAGACUUGCCUCAGCAACCACUAUCUCCAUGCCUAGCGACACAGUUGUCAAGGGUGAGGGUACACAAUUUGAGUGUGUGAUGUGCUCUGUCCAUGUCACGUCACAGGAUCAGCUCAACAUGCACCUAAAUGGGGCCAAACACAAACACAAGCUUCGCCUACAGCAACGGACAGGGGGUGCACCGAGGGGGCGGUGGACGGCUGGAGACUGGAGUGGUGGUGGUGGGAGGGGCAGGGGGAUGGAAUUCUCCAACACGGGGGAACGAGGAGGUGGGGCGUUCAAGAGGCCAUUUGGCAGGGGAGGCAACUGGCAAGGAUGUGAAGACAGUGCAAGGAGUUUUCAGCCAUCGGGACCAAAGCGUCCCCGUCAAGACUUCUCAAAUUACCGCACACCAAGUGGAAAAUUCUACUGUUCGUGUUGUAAUGUCACCUUGAAUGUGGAGAGUCAGUUUGCACAGCACGUGGCCAGCAAACGGCACAAAACAAACCAUGCAAUGCAACGCAACUCCUCGGACAAUGCAGACACCUACUAGCAUGCUGGGUGGAUAUUUGAGUUGUACGUCUGUGUGAUAGAUACGCCUGGUCAGUAGUGCUUUCAUUUGUGGUUGAAACUAACUAAUCCAUACUCUGAACCAGGGUGAAGGUCAAGGCUUGCCGACGAUUCAGACUUCAAUACUGAAGAGUUCAUAGAUCACCUGGAGAUGUUCCCCUAACUAUAUUAACAGAUCAGAAUCUGGCCGAGUUUUGAUGAAAUCAAAAUAUGUACAGUCAGCUAUAAUUCUAAAUCCAUGUGUUUUAAAUUGGCGCCAUAAACAUCUCCGUAAUGUAUUUCAGUUGUGUCAGUACUGUUUCUUCAUUUCAAACAAUAUUGUUUGUUUCUGUGAUCUUCUCGUGGUAAUAGUACAUUAGCUGAGAACAAACAGUGAGAACAUUGCCAUUAGAGAAUGUCAUUCCAUUUCCACUGAGAAGUGAAGGUUCUUCAGAAAUGAUCAUUUGCCCAUCAGUGUAACUGUUGGUUGAAAGUGAAGAAGGAAAUGUUAGAAAUUGCAACCAACCAAGAAUAAUAACUGACUUUGUGCAAAAUAAUUGUCUAAAUUCAGUUUUUUGUAUGAUGUAUUGAUGUACAAUUUUCUGUUGAUGUGGUUUACAUGAAUGUUUAAUUUUUUUACAGUUUUACUUGUAUGUUUGUGAUAAGUAGUGAGUAGGAAAAUAUUAUGUAUGGUUAUUUGUGAGUUACCUGUUCUUUCUUAUCACUGUUUUUUUUACAAUCUAGAUAAGAAUGAAUCUGUUUCUCUGUUAAAACUUCUGUCUCCACACAAACUUGUCCUUACUUCAUGAUAAACACAGCAGACAGAACAGUUUCCUCUUAGGUGAUCUACCUGUACGAAAGUUAGAUACUUUAUGGAUAACAACUUCUUUAUUAUAUGUGAUGCGACGUUUCGGUAUUGAUUCUUAUACUGUUGUCAAACAAUCAUAUAUAACAAAGAAGUUGUUAUCCAUAAAGUAUCUUUACAUUUUUAUUAAUCCCCAACUUCUAUAAUGCCAAUCAAACAGAUGAUCUACCUGUGUUUCAUAAAAAGUAGUUGUAUCUAUAACAGUAUUUUUUUCUCCUGCAUUUACAUCAUUGGCGGAUCCAGAGGGGGGUUCGAAACACACACACACACCCCUUUUUGAAAAUGACUUAAGACCACAUUGAAGAUUUUUUUUUUGCGUUGGCAGAGCCAAUGGGGGGUUCAGUGGGUUUGAAACCCCUGACCCCCCCGACCCCCCCUUCAAAAUUCCUGGAUCCGCCCAUGUACAUUGUUGACACAGUGUAGUAAAACCUUAUUCAUGAACAUCGUUUUCACUCCAAGCAGAAAGCAAUAGGAAUAUUCACUAUUUAUGAUCCUACCAUUCAUAUGUGUGAGCUCUGAUAGGCUUCUAGCACAUUUUAUCAGUUAAUACUCCAAAUGCUUAUUGUUUUAAAUAUUGUAGCAGCAUAUCUUGUAUAAGAAACGAAGCAUUCUCAAGGGACAGUCAUUAGUCUGUGCUGCAGUAUGAGAAUCACUAGUGGCAUAAAUCUAGGCUUAAGUAUGAGAGUUACGGCUGUCAUAAGCUAAAGUAUUAGAAUUACCACUGUCACUGACAAAACUUGAGGGAUGAGGCUCUAAAUUCUUCCAGUUUGUUUCUCAGUGCUAACGAUGUUGUAAAAGUCUCAUUUAUUGCUUAUCAUGCACAUUUUGUGAUCAGAUAUGUGUACAUGUUGUGAUCAGAUGCCUGUGAACAUGUUGUGAUCAGAUGUCUGUGUGAUGCACAUGUUGUGAUCAGAUGCCUGUGGACGUGCACAUGUUGUGAUCAGAUGUG